AACUUUUCUUGAUUCUGUACUUGUUUCAAUCUAGACUAGUUUCUCUCAUCCAAUUGUACAGCAGUUUUCCUGAGACAGCACUAUCGUGAGGAUUUGUUUUUCUUUCUCUUCAAUUGGAUCCCUCAUUUUCUGGAUCCCAUGUCUCAAUUUACUUCUUUGUUAACAUGGAGCACUUCUUUCAGUAGUUUCUUGGGAAUGAGUGCGUGAGAGGUAAGUCAGUUACUUAGUGACUUCACAUUUCUGAAAGAUAGUUUGCAUGGAAAUUCUAGGUGGAAAAUCAAAUUUGGAAUUUUUGAAAAUUUUGACAAGUGUAUUCAAAUUCAGAAUUUUGAAGGCAUUGCUCUAUUCUAAUUUGCAAAAUCUUGAGAUAUCUGAUGCAGUUUUUAUUUUUGUUUGUUUUCUCAGCAUCUCUGUUUCUAGUGUUCUAAAAUUGCAUGAUACUGUGCUUUGGUGGGAUUGGCAAGCUGGAAAAUAUUAAGUUCUUGAUCUCUCGUCUUCCUCCUCAUUUUCUUUGUUCUGGAACUCUAUGACAUAGUGGAGCUCCCAAAUUGAAUCUUGGGCCUUAUCUUUUUUUCUGUCUGGGAUAUUUCUCUAAGACAAUUUUCCAAUUUGUAUUGCAUUUUAUUUUUGGCUAGCAUUAAAUUACUUGCCUCUGUAUAGCUCCACGCCACACUCUUGCCUCUAAAUCCUAGGCCUGCCUGAAUUCUGCAGGGUCAGUCCUACUGUCACUCAUCCAUGAUAGCCCUGCUAAGGCAGAUACCACUCUUCUUACCAUGUUCAAUACAUUUAUUGAGCUCUUCAGUAUUGUUUCUUCCUAUUUUAAUUUUUCUGGUUUUGUAAUUUGUACUCCUGCUCUUUUACUGGGCUUUUGGGAGGAAGAAGAUAUAGAGUGUUAAUCUGCAUGUUGAAUUUAUAUGCAGGUGACUUUAUUCAUGAAACUUGUGGUAACUGCUAGACAAGGGUGGCUGGGUGUUCAAUGUGUAAGAAUGCUUGUGUUUCCUUGAAAGUAGAAAAAUGCUGUGUGAUAGACUAGUUGUUCAUUGCUUGAUUCUUGAUUAAUUUUGCCCGCUUUCAUUAUUUUGAGGCUCAAGCAUUUUGAAGUAUUCAUUGUCUGUGACUCCUCUUUGAUGGGUACUAAAUUUCCUGGGAGUGAAUUUAGAUACCCUGAGAUGUAUAUAUGAAAGAAAAAGCAAAUACUUGAGAAUGUCCCUAGAUUAGACACUUCAUGUGAGAAUAUCUCUUUUUGUGACCCGAAACUCUUUUUUUUUUUUUUUGAGAUGAAGUUUCAUUCUUGUUGCCCAGGCUGGAGUCCAGUGGUAUAGUCUGCUUCAGCCUCCUGAGUUGCUGGGAUUACAGGCAUGUGCCACCACACCCGGCUAAUUUUGUAUUUUUAGUAGAGAUGGGGCUUCUCCUUGGUCAGGCUGGUCUCGAACUCCCGACCUCAGGUAAUCUGCCUGUCUCGGCCUCCCAAAGUGCUGGGAUUACAGGCGUGAGCCACCGCGCUGGGCCCCAAAACUCUUCUUAAAGGUGGUCUUGCAGGUACGUUAUAGUUAAAAUGAAGUAGGUUGUCUUGCUUUGUUCUUAAGUGGCUCUCCAGAAGUCUAACUGGUCUAAAGGCAGUCUUAUCCCCCUCACUGUUGUAUAGUUGAAUUCAGACUUGAAUGCGAGGUGUGGGUUUACAUCUCAUCUCUGCCACUUAUAAUCAGUGUAUCCCUCAACAAUUAAAUUCCUUAGUCUCCAUUUCCUUCCUCCUUCAGGGGAGGUUAAUAUUCCACAAAGUUAGAAGUUACAGGAGAGAGGAAAAGUAGUAAAUGCCCCAAAAUGAGGCAGUUCUAUUAUAUCUUCAAAGGAUACAUGGCUCAAGGCAGAUCAGGUAGUUGGGAGAUUUCUUAAAAACAGCAUAAUAGCUAACAUGAACAUUUUCAUUAUUCAGAGAAAUUUGACAUAGCUUUUUAACGUAUAAUAUGUUUCUGAGAAAAGUUACUAAUUAUAUUGUCUUCCUCCAAGAAUUAGUCUUUGGGUACAGAUGAGGCUUGAAAAAAUGACAUUCCCUCUUAGACUAGAUAGUGUGAAGGGAAAAAAAAAUGACAUUCCUCUUCCCCAAAAGCAGAGUGAGGUCCGUAUGGGAUAUAGGUGUAAAGAAAAUUUUGGGCUGGGCAUGGUGGCUCAUGUUUGUAAUCCCAGCACUUUGGGAGGCCGAGGUGGGUGGAUCACUUGAGGUCAGGAGUUCAAGACUAGCCUGACCAACAUGGUGAAACCCCAUCUCUACUAAAAAUAAAAAAAUUAGCCAGGCAUGGUGGCACAUGCCUGUAAUCCCAGCUGCUCGGGAGGCUGAAGCAGGAGAAUCUGGAAGCAGGAAGGUCUCAGUAGGCUGGGAUCAUGCCACUGUGCUCCAGCCUGGGCGACAGAGCAAAACUCUGUCUCAAAGAAAAUGUUGUGGAACACAUAUUUUCUCACUGACAUGAAAAAUGUUUCAAAGAUGAAUAAUGUCCAUCAAGCCAUGGCAAUGGAAGUGAGGAUGAUAAAAGAUUGCACGGCUGUUUACAACCUCACUGUUAGUAUCCUGCUGGGAUAGUUGGUCUCCUCAUCACUGUAGCAUCUUUUAUGUACAGCAGAGGGCAGAAGCUCCUUGGCAUGUAUGUGAGGGAACCACAUAAAUGGAAGGCUGUUAUUCCUGAGAAAGCAGGAUGUGCAGACACUCACAGAACAAAGCCUUUGUAAAGGAAAGGUGGCUGAUGAGAUGGAGUGCUUCCUUCACCUGUGGUGGGUCUGUAGCCAUGAAAUCGCCCACUCACAAUCGCUUUUUGUAGCUACUGGAAGCACUAGGCGUCUGACCUGCCGUCGUCCUUGUUAUAAUGUCAUAAUCAUAUUCUGUCCAUGUUUAUUGCAGUUCUCUGGUUUGUCUGGAGUGUUUGCAAGUCAGUCAUCAUAGUGGCAGCUUCCGCCUGCUACAGGAUAUUUAUAUAUGGAAGCAUACCAUGGCAGGAGUGCUGGAAAGGUGGUGUCAGCUAACAGUUGCUUCAGCCAGAUAAGGACGGUAUCUUCAGUCCAAUAAAAACCUCAUCAGUUACCAACUAAAUCAGGGCAUGGUGUUUUUUUGUUGUUUUCUUUUUAAAGCAUAGUUUUAGUAAUAUAUUUACUAAAAACCUUAGACAUUAUGAAAAAAGUCAGGAUUUGGAAUCUUACACUGCUUGGCUAAAUUAACACAAUAUAGACCAACAGUUUCAUGCUGGGGCUUAUGGGCCUCAUAGGAGCACCCGUAUGCUGAAGAAAGGCAAAGAGAGAACUACAGAAUUUAUAGAAAAGUUUUGUUGUAGUCGCUUCUGAACAGUUAGUUUUUGUUUGUUUGUUUUGUUUUGUUUUUCUGGUAACCUAGCAGUCAAAGCUCACAUUUUUGUAAGUAAUUUGCAUGCUAUUACUCUACUGAGACUGAAUUAUGAUUCUUGAGUCUGGGAAGUUUUUGUUGCAUGUGCUCUGUGUUUUUCAUUUUUGAUAGAAAUGAUUUAGACUUGAUUUUAAAAAUUAUUUCCUGAAUGUGAAGAGGCAUUGACUCGGAAAUGAAAUUAAAGAACAAAUUACCAUGACUUAUUCAAUAACACUGCUUAUUAGCUUUGAAUUAUGCCCUAUUAUAACAAUUCCGAUUUUGUGGCAAGCAAUACUGGUGUGAGUUAUUUCUAUGGUUUGAUACCAAGCACCUGUGGUUAAAAAAUAAAGCACCAGGCAGUUUUUCAUAGACAAUUAUCUUUAUUUGUCGGAAUAUUUAUUUGUAAAUAGUCAAAGAAUUCUUAAAUGACAAAAAAUCAACUGUUAGCAGUGAUCUAAACCAGAGGAAAAUGAAAUUACUUACAUGUUUCCAGUCAAGGUAUAAGAAAGGGUUCUGUUAAAGGGAUGCUGUUGUAGCCAAUCUUGGUGAAUAAGCAAAUUUGCACACUGGAGUUGAAAGGAGGGUCGAGUUAGUGUGACGAAGAAUUGCUAGUAACACUGCCUUCUCCAGCCUUGCUGGUUGUUCCUAGAUGCCCUCGUUUGGAGAUGCCAAAGAUAGCAACUACUGGAUGUCAAACAGCUGUGGGGCCUGGUUUUAGGGCCAUGUGAUCUUGUAUCCAUUUACUAGCAGACUCAUGAGUCAUUUGCAAGUCAUUUGCAGGCUCUUGGAGCCCUGGAACAGCACCCAACUCAGUUUUCUCUGGUAGUUCUUUAUUUUUCCAUUUGCAUGUUGCAGUUCAUUAAAAAAAAUAUUGGAAUAGCAUAUAUUUACAUUGUGACUUCGCUCUAAAGAAGACAUUUUCUUUCAGAGCACAUCAUGGCUCACUAGGUUGUUGUCUUAGUUUUUUUUGGAGUCACCUUUUGAGUAGAUAGCAAGGCCAGUAAUUUGGAGAUUUUAUUAGCUGUACUCUUAAAGUCAGUUUUUGUGGCCAUGAUUUUCUAGCUAGGUCUCUGUUUUGUAAACAUCGAUUAAGCCUCAGUAUGAAAUUUAAGCAACAGCAGAUACAUUCCUGAAGGGGAAGCUAAGGCUCAAGGCUAUUAAGUCAGAGAUCCAAAAUGAACCGUGCUUCAGUUACCACACCUAAAAUAGAAGCUCUGUGCGGAACAGUGGUCCUGUGAUGUGACACAUAAAACUUUUUUUCCUGGUCAAAUAUUACUGUUUGGUCAAAUAUUAGUAUAAACGGAUGAUAAAAUAUAAAACACGUCUAAAAGAAUUGUUUUAAAAUCUGUGACUAUGCAUGAGUGAAUAUUUUGGGGCCUUGGUUUUAACUGCAAAAGGAUAAGAUUUGACUGACCUCUAAGGCCCUUUUAUUCUAUUUGCUGCAGCUUUUUAAUUUUUUUAAUUGUCAUAUCAAGUCAUUUCCUUAGGAAUGCUCUAUGAAGUAUAUUUGGAAUUCAGUAAUGUCAAUAAAGUGCUAUGGUAGUAUCUUAUCUGAAAACUCAGGGAAUUGUUUGUUCUUGUUAAUUAAAAUUUCAAGAUAAGUGAAACACACUUUUUUAGUUUUAACUCUAAAAAAAAUUUUUAGUCCAUGACUUUUUGAGCUCACUUUCUUAGCUAGGGUUUUCUGGUAGCACAUUUUUCACAAGUACCAGUAGUUUUAGGUAUUACUGGGAAAUUGUUGUUUUUUUAAUAUUUUAGACUAAGUUUAAAUUGCUCAGUAAAUGUCUGAUACUUUUUUUCCCCAUAUCUUCUUUAGGUGUAUACUUUUUUUUUUUUUUCUGAAUUUGGUUUCUCCCAGCUCUUUAUUGCUCUUCAUUCUGUAGUUGAGUUUUAAAGGAAAUUUUUGCAAUAACAGGAAGUAAACAGUGUGUUGUCCAAUACACACAGGCACUAUAUUUAUCACCUUGACUUUACUAGAGUCCAGAUAGACAUCACAUGAGGAUUUUUAUCCUCAAUCUUAUUUCUGUUCAUGUACUGAUUAUUAACUGCCUCCAAUUCUUUUGAAAAUGGUGAGAUUUAAAUCCUAAAUAAACAUUUCAGAUGUUCCAUCUUAACAUAAGUCACCAACUUCUAAACCUGGCACUGGGCGUUUGAAGAAUAAGAUUGGUCCCUACUCUAAGGAGUUUUCAGUCUAUCGGGGGAAAUCAAAGAUGUAAGCAAAUAAAUGCAAUAAAAUACUGUAGAUGUUCUGAUAGAAGAAUGUAAAGAAUCCAGCAAAGGCAAAAGGAAAGACAGGUUGGUUCUCUCCUCUUAGGGGAAGUGAUGUUUGAGCUGAGUCUUGAGGCAGGAUUAGGAAGGGAUAUACAAAAGAAAAGUAGCACAAAGCAAGACUCAUUGAACGCUGAAAAAAAGGCCCACUGAACGCUGAAUAGAAGGCCCGAUUCCAGCUCUGCUACGAGGCAAAUGUGUGAUCCUGGGCAUUUACCUCGCCGAGCUUCCAUUUCCUUAUUUGCGGAAAGGAUGGGAGCUAAAGCACAUCUAACACCCUUUCUAGAUCCAAACGUCCUCUAUCACGAUUAGACUCGAUAACUAUGAAAGGAAAAGCUUUUAUAGUAAUUGAAAUUUGUAUUUCUAGAGCCUUCUUUUCACAUAAUUAAAUGGCCACAAGUUCUCUGUUGUGCUAGAGAUACAUCUCCAUGUAAACCUUUUAAACUCUUCAGGAUUUUCAGUGUUGCUUGCAGUUGUGCUGUCAUUAGAGAAUAUUACCUUUAAUAUUUAAUAAACCUCAAGCUAUUACAUAAGUGACCUCAGUCUAAGGGAAACCCAGGUGGAAGAGAUCUCAGAGGUCCUGAAGUCUAGCAGGAUUCCUCUCUAUAGCAGCUAAGUUUGCUAAGAUUGUUGUCUUGGGGACUCACAGUCAGCAUCUUAUGGCUAAAGGAAUAGUGUGAAGAGAAGGACUUAUAUGCCAUAUGGAGGGAGGCUAUAAAAAUUGCAAUUUUCUAUUAAAGCCUCCUGCAAUUAGAAUUGUUCAUGGUAAUAUUCUCUUCUUUCAGAAUGUUUUGUGGCCACUGCUGACUAACUUAAUUUUGUCUACCUAGUCUUCUUGCACAAAGGAUUUGAGGCAUCUCACCAGAAAGUGAACAAUGUAAUAAAAGAGAAAAAUUUUAAAAUUAGUUACAAAAUAAAAACAGAUCCAGGGAAAAUAUAGGCAGAACUGAGACAUCUGAGGAGGAGAAAAGAGCGUUUGCAGAUAAGCAGGGUAUACAUGGAUGUACAAUUCUUAAAAUUGGGCCACACAUUUGACUGUGAGCUUCCUGGCAAGCAAAGCGAAAAGAAUGAUUACAAAGUGGUCCACAGAAGGAAAUAUUUUUUUCUGGAUAAGCCAAGUUCUCUAGAGCCUUAGUGGAAAAUACUAUUUGUGGGUGGUUCUGCAUAGGCCUGUCUGGCUUCCUGAUGGCUGUGGUUCUUGUGAAGUUGAGUUCACAAGCCCAACCUCUUGUUUUUAACAUCAGUGUUUUCUUCCAGGGACAAUGACUCAUUCUUCCCAGGACACUGGUUCUUGUGGCAUUCAGGAAGAUGGAAAGCUUUAUGUGGUGGAUUCCAUAAAUGACUUAAACAAACUAAACCUCUGUCCAGCCGGAUCGCAGCAACUGUUCCCUCUAGAGGACACAAUCCCAGUCCUUGGCACAAACUCAGGAAAUGGAAGCCGGAGUCUGUUUUUUGUGGGGCUGCUAAUUGUGCUGAUUGUCAGCCUGGCACUGGUUUUUUUCGUGAUAUUUCUAAUAGUUCAAACUGGAAACAAGAUGGAUGAUGUGUCAAGAAGACUAACAGCUGAAGGAAAAGACAUAGAUGAUCUUAAGAGAAUCAAUAACAUGAUCGUAAAGCGACUCAACCAACUCAACCAACUGGACUCUGAACAAAACUAAAGAAAUGAUUUUCUGAAAGCACCUGCUAACACCUUGAGCUUCUUACUUUCCUGGGAGUGUACAGGGUUAGGAAUUGAGAAAGUGCACUUCUUCAGGCAACAGAUGAUCUGGUCAGGGAACUCAUCCCUGGGGCCCACUUUCUGCAGCAAGAUGGGAGCAACUCCAAGACAAGUGGGUAUGGGAAUAGCAACUAAAAAGAGGUGAACUUGUCUCAGCCGCCUUUUAUGGUAGGGCGCUUCAACUUUAAUGGGGUGGGCGGCUAGCAGGGAGGAGAAUCAACAAAGCAAGAGAACUUGACUAUGUACGUCCAGCUUCUUACAGAAGGAGCUUUGCUACCAGAACAAGUUCACUGUGUCAGUGAAGUUCAUGACAGCUCAUGCACCUUUACAGAUGUCUGGGAAAGCCUAAGAAAUUCAUUGAGUUUUAGGUGUUGAAGGGAACCAGGUGAUUACUCUUUUCAAUAAGAGGGAUUCUGCUCAGGUGAUUAGACUUUGACUCUAUUUCCCCAGGGACAGCGAUGGGUGUGGGCCCCAGAGCUAGUUGCUGUCUGGUGUUUGCUGGUGAAAACAUGAGCAGUAGUUACGUGGGGUUGGGAGUCAAAAGGGAAAGCCUAAUUAAUUCAACUAAUGUUUAUUAAGCUCCUACUCUGUGCAAAUCACUCUACUCAAGAGGAGCUUACAUAAGAGUGCAGGAUAAAGAAAGGAGAUGGACAUUAUAUGCAAUUAUAUAAGCUCUGUGUAUUUUGUUUCUCAUGAAAAAACCCCUUUGGCACCCGGCUGAUUGAUUUGGAAGAAAUCUGGUAGAUUUGUGGCCUUUGCUAAAUUACACUAGGAAAUUAUGUAGUUAGAAUAUUUGGAACCUGCAUUAGUUCCAGCAAUGAAAGUAAGACACACAGCAUAUGACAUAAGAUACAGUGUGAAAUAAAUGAGUUUAAAAAGCAUAUGAGUCUUAGAAAAUCUUUUAUUUAAUAUAAAAAUAGUCUACCAGUCAAUUGAAGAAUGUAUUAUGAUUCUGUCAUUUUGGAUUGAUCAAAAACUUUUGGGUUUACUAGGAUAUUAAGCAUUCACUUUACAAUACUAAAUAGUUAAUGAAAUAAACACAUUUUGCU